GUGUAAGGACCCAGUCCUCUGUCCUGUCGAAGUUCCCGGAUUGCUCAGAAAAAAAUGGCGGCUUUUUGGUGUACUUAGCAACUUCAAGCAUUAGAAGAAACGACGAAGUCUGCAAGGAAAGAGAUAUAUUUGCCGUAUGAUUCCAAAGUGCAGCUAUGGGACAUACCUGAAGCUCCCAGAACAUGCCUUCAGGAAAGAGUCGCAGUAAAGAAGAUACAUGGAGAGAAUCAGACUUGAAAAAAGCCCUCCAGACGGAAGAUAAAAAAUCAAGAAGUGAAAGAAAAGGAAAAGAGAGGAUUAGGGAUGAUGAUAAGAAAGAAAGGAUUAAGGACAAAGAUGACAGCAGGCGGAGGCGAGAUGAUCGUGGGGAGAUAGCUUCAGGUAGCAGUGAACCAGAUCCUAGAAGGGAGAAGCGCAGACGAGAAGGGGACAAGGAUCGAGUUAAAGACAGAGAGCGUGGAGAUAAAGAAAGAACAAAAGAUCGUGACAAAGAAAGACCCAGAGAAAGAGAUAGCGAACAGGAUAGAACAAGAGAUAAAGACAGAGGGCGCCAUGAGAAAACAGACAAGGGACGAAAUGGUGAAGGAGACCGUGAAAAAAGAAAAGAGCGGAGUGACCGCAAUCAAGAUUACGAGAGGAAGGAUAGAGACAGGAGACAUGAGAAAAAUGGAGAAAGCUCUAGGAUAAGGAGUGGUGAUAGAGAAAAGUCUGAUCGUGAGAAGGAACGUGAGAAGGAGAGAAGGCGGCGGCGUCAUGAGGAUGAGGGAUCAGGUGACAGGCGGCGUGAAAGGAGAGAUAAAGAUGCUCAUGACCCUGAAGAUCCAAAAAGAAGAGAAAAAGAUGAUAAGAAAAAAAGCAGGGAAAGAAGUAAAGGAGAUGAGGAGAGCAGUUCUUCCAGAGAAAGAAAAGACAGGGGGAGGAAAGAUGACAAGAAAAAGUCUAGAGAUAAAGAUGAUCAAGAUAAGAGAAAAGAUAGAGAACACAUUCAGCAUACCAAAGACUCCAAACUUGAUGAAGAAGAUAGGAUAAGAAGACGAGAAAAAGAACUUCUGGAAACACUAAAACAAGAAGAGGAUACAAGAUCUAAAAGCAAGUCUCAUGAAAGCUUGAGGUUCAGAGCAGACACUUUGGAAGAAGCUGAAGCAGUAGAGGAGGAGGACACCAAGCAAAGUUCCAAACCAUCCAUCACCCGUGUAUUAUCAAAUGCAGAAGAAGUCCAAGAUGAAGACCCAGCUGGUUAUGACUAUGAUGAGGACUUUGAGGACUAUGAGGAGGACUUUGAGGAUGAGCCUUCUGACAAUGAGGAUUCUGAGCACCCAUCCCAAGAUAUGCAGGAGCUUCUUCAAGCAAUUAAUGCAGAAAAUGAGAUGCUGUCCAGGGAAGGUAGCAAGCUCUCAAAAUCAAGCGAUGAUGAAUCCAAGAGGGAGACCGCUGCUAGACCUGUAACUGCAAAGGGGAGAAUCAAUUUUGUAGCAGCUAAGCAAAAGCAGAUCAGCCAAAAAGUAGCAUCAAAGACAAGAAAACGUGGACAGGAACUAAUGCGACUGAUAGAUCUGGAUGUUUCUGCAUUUGAGAUGUUUGACCUUCCACCAAUGAAUGAGUAUGAACUAUACAUCAAGAACUUUGGCCGCUCAGACACUAAACAGGCCUAUGUCCAGUGUAAUGAUGACAAUGUAGACCGUGAACUGCAAACUGAAGACAUUGAGAUACGAACAAUAUGGACACAGCAUCCGGCUGAAGGCUUGGCAGGGUGUGGAGACGAACAAGAAUCCUUCACAACGGAAGAGUUUCUAAGCACUAAAAGCAGUUCUCAUAUUGAUAGUGUUCGAAUGACAUCAUUUCUUAAAAAAGCCGGUCAAGCAUGCUUAGUGUUGCUUGAAGAAGCAUUGGUUGAACAAACUAGCAUCAUGCUCAAAGAAUCUAAAUGCUUGGCUUGCACUGACGGUUACGUCCAGCUUGCGACCAAACAGCCAUUACUUGGAGGGCGGAGCAUACGAUCUGUUCAUAUCUCCCCUGUUCAGACGCACUUGAUGUUGGCUGCUCUUGGUCCUAUUGAAGGCCCACCCUCUCAACAGGUCAGUGGAAAUGUCGCUAAGAGGGGACUGGUUUGCUUGUGGAAUAUAAACGAACCUUCAGAGCCUCAAAAGGUUCUAGUUUGUGAGUCACUUCCAAGAUGCUGCUGUCUUAGUCCAUCAAAAGCUACUCUUGCUUUUGCAGGACUUGAGGAUGGUUCGGUGGUUGCCUGGGACCUACGUGAGCCAGCGUCCUUACAUCACUCAUACAAGAUUGGUGACAGGGAUGUUGUCUUGCGAUCGCCUACGUUUAGCACAGCUGGCGUUUUGACGCAGGAUGCCCACCACAGUCCAGUUGUAACGUUGCUUCCAGUUGUUAUGCCGGGAGAUAGUGUGCGGGCAUCAUCUGGCAGCUCAGGAAUAUUGGGGUCUGAUGACAUUGUAGGACUCUCCUUCCAACUUGCAUCUUUAGAGCGAGAUGCCAUGAUGAAUAUAUGGGUCGUAGUUGAGAUGGAAACAGCAGAUGUCGCUGGAUCUGAGUCAGACUUAGGGCUGGCCCCUGGAGGAAAGAUAAAACUGAUCCAGAGCGCAUCUUUACCUCUUGAACCUCCCUUCAGAGAGGUUAGACGAUUAGGGGGGUUCCAGACGUCAGUGAUGCACUUUCUCCCUCAAGACCCGAACCACUUUUAUAUUGCCACUGACACGGGAUAUGUGCUACAUCGUUAUCGUCACGGUGGGAGGAGCACUCCAAAAGCCUACCAGCCAACAAUAGAGUGCCUGGUGGAGAUAUCGGCCAUGGAUGUGUCACCCUGGCAGCUACCUUGUAUCCUAGUUGGAAGUAAAGAUGGAAUUCUCAGACUUUACAACAUAAGAAACGAAUUUCCCCUGAGCACGUGGUCUCAUUUCACGAGGGGCAUUCCGAUCCUCUCAGUUCGCUGGUCACGGAGCAGGCCUGGUGUGUUCUUUGUAUUAGAUGAGGACUCUGGUCUAUACAUCUGGGAUUUACUAGAAAAUGAGUCCGGUCCAGCUGCCGUGGAGAGAUUUAAGCAUGGAAGGGUUACAUCAUUUGAGCUCUCAAGUGACUAUGCAGCAUCAGGCAUAGGAAUUCCAGGCAGAAGUCCAGAAAUGGUUCUUGCUUAUGAGAGUGGCGUCAUUGAGGUUCACCGAAUUAACUCCAAAUUCUCCGAGUGUUCCCCAGAUGAGUUUGACAAAUUUGAUGCAUACUUGAAUGCUUCUUUAUAGCAUGAUGGUAAUGGCCGUAUUUAUUCUAUGAUUCCAUCACAGAUAAUUGACAAAACAAGCUAAAAAGACAUGUAGGAAUAGUGUAUCUAAAACCGCAUUAAAACACUGCCAACAUUGUUUCAAAACACACAGUAUUUGGAUUGGAGUUGGAUUGCGUUGUUUGCACACCCGCAUUGUGCUUCCUAGAAAUGUCGCCAAAAUUGUAUUGAUACUGUUGGCACUAGUGUACAGGCCUCUGACCAUUGGCAGGGACUCGACGGCCAAAUUAUAUCCCCAAGGAAUAGUAGCACUGGUUGUGGUCAACAGCAAAUUAACCCCUAAAAAGGCAACACAUUUGAGUGUGGACGAAGAAAUUUUUAAAAGAAAGGACGACCAUCUGUCUUCUUUUAUGGAGAGUCUCCACAGGGAACCAGUGAUGUGAUCUAACUUGUUUUUUUGCUUGGAACUUCCAAGAAGGUAUAACAAGUGGUUGCCUAUAAAGAUUUGUAUGAAUAACCUUAGGCCAAUCAAUCUAUAUUGAAUAAUAUCUGUAUCAUGGUUUGCGUACAAAAUUAAAUGCACUAUAUACAUAUAUAUAGACUGACUAACAAUCACAAAAUCAUUAUGGAUUGUGCAUAUAUUUAUGAAGUAUUUAUGUAUGUUCAAGUGUUAAAAAGAUGUGGAAUGUAAAUAGCAAUGCACCUGAUGUGAACCUGUAACAUGCUUUAUUGUAUCAUUUUAACAAUAUGGCAAUCUUGUUAGCGCGA